GCCAGGUCAGAUGGAAGUAGGCGAAGUGUUGAGGCUAUCUGUCCUGCAGCUCUUCUGCACUAAAAGGGCCCAUCAGAGGCAGAGAGAGAGAGAGAGGGGACCCGCACAGAGAUCUCUUUCUAUAAGGAGAGGCAAAGGGGAAUUCCCUCCGGUGGAUGCUGAUGAGAAGCCUUCUCAUCCGCGCUGUUUUUCAGUCACUACGAGCUGCGUUAAUUACAGGGCCCGGGGCCGCUCUUUGAGCUCACCGCGCUCGUGAUUCUCCCGAGAGAGAAAAAAAUACAGCAUACACACAAGAAAGCGUACGCGCAGGAAGCUCGUGGAACCGGUCUCCGGGAAAACAUUCCUGCGUGUCCUCAGUGAGUUCAGCCCACUCUUUGCACCGACGGCCGCGCAGGACGUCAGCUGAUCUGAUCUAACCACCAGGACCGACUGGAGCGGAUCAGGCGGAUGUGGAACGGCGCCGCUCCUUCGCUCUGAGUCUGAGGUCACUGAAACUUUUUGUUGGAGAGGAGAGGAGUGUCGCUCCGCGGAGACUAUGGGGGAUAGUCACUAGACUCACUGCGGCUCGGACUCACCAUGGCUGUGGACGCUGCCUCCAGUUUCAGUUUCUGCAGGCCCGCUGUGGAGUACAGGGCUCUGCCUGAGGACUUCAAACACCAGCUGAGUCGGCGGACAGGUGGGAACCUAACCUGGCAUGACGGUCGUGGACAGAAAACGGCAGGGGGAAGAACCGUGAAGCUUCUGCAGCAGCCUGGCACAGAAGUCCUGCAGUAUCGCUCCGGUGACAAUUACGGCAUAUAUCACACGAGCCCGACGCAGCCCAGCCUGAUCCGCCCCGUCGUGCUCUGGUCCCAGCAAGAUGUCUGUAAAUGGCUGAAGAAACACUGUCCGCACAACUACCUGACCUACGUGGAGGCAUUCUCCCAGCACGCCAUCACAGGUCGUGCAUUGUUGCGUCUAAAUGGGGAGAAGCUGGAGAGGAUGGGUUUAGUACAAGACACGCUUCGACAAGAACUGCUGCAACAAGUGCUGCAGCUCCAGGUGCAGGAGGAGGGACGUAACCUGCAGCUGCUCAGCAGAGGGACACACGGUGGGCUUCAAGGUUCUUUUGGAAGGAUAUCUUAGUUGGAAAAAGUGGACUUUGUGUAUGAAUGGAGCUCCAAUGUGAAUCACACCCAUGGAAUAAAUCUAUCCAACCUGCAGUGAUCUCCAGAAUAAAGAUGUCAGCUGGAACAUUGGCAGCUUUUUCUUCAGCAUCUACAUGAAGAACAGAAACUAUCUUUACAGACUGUGAAUUAUGAUGAAAAAGCAUCAUGACAAUCUGAAUCAACAUUGUACAUUUCUAUUCUCUGCAUAAUUAUUAUAUUCAUGUCUGUUAUCUUCCAUGACUGUCUGAAACUUUUUUAUGUCAAAAUUUAAUUAUUAAAUAAAACUAUUAAAAUA